CCCCCCGACGGCGAAACCCCCAGCUCUCCAGCCGCUCCAAGCCAAAACCGUCCAGCUCACUCGCACACUCUCGCUCCCAAUCUCCCACUCACUCCAAGGUAAGCUCACGCCUCUCUCUCUCACUGUCUCUCCACGCGCACAUUGCCAUCACGCGAAAUGGCGGUGCUUCUCCAUCUCCUGCUGGCCCUGCUCCUCCUCCUCCUUCUCCCGUCCACACCCGAGGCGACGUCGUCCGCGCUGCUUGGCAUCAGCUACGGCCGCGUGGGCAACAACCUCCCGCCGGCCACCUCUGUGCCACAGAUCCUCGCCUCCCUCGGCGUCGGCCGCGCCCGCCUCUACGACGCCGACCCCGCCACCCUCCGCGCCUUCGCCAACACGGGGGUCGAGCUCGUCGUCGGUGUCCCUGAUGAGUGCCUCGCCACCGUUUCCACCCCUGCCGGCGCCGCCGCUUGGGUCCGCUCCUCCAUCCAGCCCGCGCUCCCGGCCACCAAGAUCGCCUUCCUCACUGUCGGGAACGAGGUGCUCACCGGUGCCAAUAGCUCCUCCCUCUCGCGGUACCUGCUCCCGGCGAUGCAGUGCCUCCACGACGCGCUCGCGCAGGCCGGGCUCGGGAAGCAGGUCUCCGUCACCACCGCGCACAACCUAGGCGUGCUCGCAACCUCCUACCCGCCGUCAUCGGCGUACUUCCGCAAGGACCUGCUCCCGAUGCUCUGCCCGAUCCUCGAUUUCCACGCGCGCGCCGGCUCGCCGUUCCUCGUCAACGCGUACCCCUACUUCGCCUACGCCGAGGAAUCUACCGGCGUCGAGCUAGAGUACGCGCUGCUCGAGCCGGGCUACGCCGGCGUCGCCGACCCGGCGUCCGGGCUGCACUACACCAACAUGCUCGCCGCGCAGGUGGACGCCGUGUACCACGCCAUCGCGGCGGCCAACAGAGCGGCGGCGCGGGCCGUGGAGGUGCGCGUGUCCGAGACCGGGUGGCCGUCGGCGGGCGACGCCAACGAGACCGGCGCCUCGCCGCAGAACGCCGCCAAGUACAACGGCAACGUGAUGCGCCUCGUCGCCCAGGGGAAGGGCACGCCGCUGCGGCCUGCGGUGCCGCUGCGCGUGUACAUGUUCGCGCUUUUCAACGAGAACAUGAAGCCGGGGCCGACAUCCGAGCGCAACUACGGGCUCUUCAAGCCUGACGGCACGCCGGCGUACGAGCUCGCCUACAGCCUGCCGCAGGAAAACACCACCUCGUCAUCCGGUGGUGGUGCCGGCGACAUCUACGGUGGCGGCGGGUACAAUGGCCACGGCGACGGGUCGGACGACGGCGGGUACUACAGCAUCUCGGUCGCCGGCAAGGCAACAAUGGGUUGGUGGACAUGGUGGACACAGGCAGCUGUGGCAGCAUGUGUAGCUGUCCCGGUGAUAGCAUUGUGACUUGAGCAGAUCAACUGGUGCUUGGAUAGAUGGAACCCUCUGGUUUCUAAUGGAGUCAGAGGCACAUAGGGUGAAGAGCUGCUGUUCAGACAAAGGCAUUGAUCAUGGUGGUGUACCACAUUUUUUAUUCACUGUCUCUCACUCCCAUGUUGUUGUAAUUGAGGUGACCUUGUAAUUGGUGUGCUAAGCUAACGGGCUGGCCGGUGUCAUUAAACUAGUUUUUUUUUUCCCAAGUUAAUUAUUGGAAUCAUUAUUUUUGGAGAUUAA